AUGUCUGCCAACACAACGCCGAAAGCGGCAAAGGGAAUGUCUUCCCGGCUGCUCACAAUGAAGUUUAUGCAAAGAUCAGCAGCCUCAGCUGCUCAAGCAUCAAUCGACAACGACCCUCAGACACCCUCGCCCAAGCGAGCGCGCUUGUCCGCACCCAGCAGCCCCGCGCCCAACUCCGAUCUAGAAGCCGUCAAUGAUGCUCUCGCAGCUGAGGAACGAAAACGUGCAGAGGCAGUUGCUCGCCAGGCAGCCGAAGCCGGCGAGUCCGAAUGGGUUUUGAAUUUUCACGGCUCUGGCGGGUUUCCUGGAGCGGCACAGCCCGUUAUUGUAGCGGCUGAUUCACUGGAUGGUGAAUUCGAAGAUAGUGGGAGAAUGAGUUUUGGUAAUUUCAAACCAAAAAAGAAGGCUUAUAACUUGACACAGCAAGAUGAAAAUGAGGAUUCUACGGACCCGGCACAAGCAGCAGCCAUGAGAAAGGCCGAGAGGAAGAAACAGCGCGGCUCGCAAGAUGAUGACGUGCGUAAUAUUACCAGUAUAUCUGGUGGUGGUGGCCGCAUAAGCGGAGGGGGAGGCGGAGGUGAUGGAAAAAAGUACGGAAACAAAGCAGGAAAGAAAAGGUCUAAAUAA